AGCAUUGAAAAUCUACGAAUGUUGUCUCGAAUAUGUUAGGAAGGUAUUUUUUAAAGUCGAAAAUAUGAUGCCAAGCACGAAAUUGUAGGAAACAAAGUGGUUGUUCGUCUCGUCAAUACUGUGCACGUUGGUUUGGUUGUCUUGGAUACCGGCGUAUAUUGCUGUGCCAAACGAGUUCAAGGAAAAGGUGAUCGUUCUGGAGCUGAUAUUCUGCGCAUCGAUUUUACUGGGUUUGCUAUUCGGCCCGAAAAUCUAUAUACUUCUAUCCUAUGAGCCUGUACUGGUGGAAUAUAAGGAGAACCAAAUGAACAAGGAAGUAGCACUUUUUGAGAAAGACGAUGACCUACCUUCGAACCGUGCUGUUUCACCGGCCAGUAGCAGUGGAUCAUCGACUCAAAGCACAACAGCUGCACACAGUUCUCGAGGAGCAUCUGGCAGUUCUAACCAUGAAGAACAGUUCCCGAUUUUCCACACAGUCAUGAAGAAAAAGAGCAAAGUGCGGCGAUCACAGAGCCAACACGAGCUUGGCGAACAGGCAUAUCCCCGUCCAGAAGUCGCCAUAGUACACGCUUUAUCAAGGCCUGCCUCACUUGGAUUGAAAAAACCAGAAGUUAGACAAUGA